GAAGCCCACCCUCCACCCCUGACACCAUGACCCACUGUUGCUCCCCUUGCUGUCAGCCUACAUGCUGCAGGACCACCUGCUGCAGGACCACUUGCUGGAAGCCCACCACAGUGACCACCUGCAGCAGCACACCCUGCUGCCAGCCCUCUUGCUGCGUGUCCAGCUGCUGCCAGCCUUGCUGCCGCCCAACUUGCUGUCAAAACACCUGCUGCCAGCCCACCUGUGUGACCAGCUGCUGCCAGCCUUCCUGCUGCAGCACACCCUGCUGCCAGCCCACCUGCUGUGGGUCCAGCUAUGGCCAGAGCAGCUCCUGUGCACCUGUGUACUGCAGAAGAACCUGCUACCACCCCACGACUGUCUGCCUGCCUGGUUGCUUCAACCAGAGCUGUGGCUCCAGCUACUGCCAGCCCUGCUGCCGCCCAGCCUGCUGUGAGACCACCUGCUGCAGGACCACUUGCUUCCAGCCCACCUGUGUGUCCAGCUGCUGCCAGCCUUCUUGCUGCUGAUCAAGUCCCAAGAGAACCACCAUCCUCACACAACAACCUUCUGCUCAACUGACUUAUCUUUUGGGGGACUAAUUUAAUUUGCUACU